UUUUCUAUUCUGAUGUUUGAAUUAAUUGUUAACUUCGCUGGACAUAGUUCUGCAUGACUACGGAGUUUCCCUUCUCUCGUGCACAAAGGAGGAGCGGGUGAGAGCGCGAGCGAUGAUGCAACCGCGGGCAACACUUGAGCUCGCGCUCAUAGGAGAGAAGAGAAUUUGCCUCAUAUGCACAGUGACAUGGCAGCACGGUCUGAUUACAAAAAUAUAAUGCUAGCGGAUGAGCACAAGCGGUUGACCCGACUUUUAGGUGUUGCAGCAUUUUGCUGAAACAAUGUAUUUCUGCGCAGUGCAUCAGUUCAGGCACACGACUACAUUUUGGGGUAUUCAGCUUCUCACAAAACCUCCUAACACCAAGUUCAGCUCUGCAAACCCCACAACUCAGGUCGGAGAGGGAGAGAGAAAAAUAGUGGAAGUGGAUCCAAAUGAGCAAGCAGUUGCAACAGAAGAUAUCCAGCACAGAUCAGAACGGCGUCAGUGUUAUACAGAAUCAGCCACAUAAUAGUGCACUGAACCCGGCGGGAACUGCAGGACUACAGCAGGUUCCUCAAUUAGUCCCAGUGAUUGCCGGAGGUGGGGGUAAGGCCACGCCACCCAGCAAGAUGAAGAAGUCCAUGACAGAUAAAAACAGCGACGAGUACCGCCAACGGAGAGAACGCAACAACCUAGCCGUAAAGAAGAGCCGCAUGCGCAGCAAGCAGAAGGCCCAGGACACCCAACAGCGCGUCAAUGAGCUGAAGGAGGAAAAUGAGAGACUGGAGGCCAAAAUCAAAUUGCUUAGCAAAGAACUGAGUGUGCUCAAAGACCUGUUUCUAGAGCAUGCUCACAACCUCGCAGACAACGUGCAGCCCCCUGCUUCUGGUGGAGGCCCCGGAGACCUCUGCAACAACAACAACAACAACAGCGGCAGUAACAGCAGCCAGUGAGGGCCUGAUGUUGGUUUGCAGUGUGCUCUGCUGUGGGCUGUGUGGAGGCUCUCUUGGCAAAUCAUUUUACUUAAUCGUAUUAUGCUUUUUUCACUCCUGUUCCCAAUGUGUACUGUCUGCAGUGUCUUGAGUUUGAGUUUGUACACUCAAAUUCGGUUUCUUUUUCAAUGCUAUGAUCCUCAUGGCAACCACAGAAAGUCCAGCCCACACUCUGAUUUGAUGCUGGAGAAAACUUUAAUAACAACUUUCUGUGUGUAAAGCAGCAUGUUUCAGUAUCUUGAAACUUGUCUUAAAGGACUAUGAAAACUUCUCAAUGGACAAUUUUGAAAUCUGGCCGAGGCAGGUCACAAAGACUCAACAGGAAAUAUAUAAUUAUAUUAAAUAUGUUCCUUCACUCAACUCUAAUUUCUCAAGAAUGGAUUCAGAAAUUCAACUAAUAGAUAGUACUGCAGUCGCAUACCAUUAUUCAUUGUGACUUGGAAUUAGGCCUACAAAAAAUAAGUAAGGGUGUCUACAAAUGCAACUUAUUUUGUAUUUCUGCCUUUUUUCCUGAUUCAAUCUCUUAUUUGUUGACAAUGUCUUAUUAUAGCAAAUACACUGAUGUAUCUAUGGUAACAGACUCAAGACAGACUAAAUGUAUUGCAUCAGACUCCAGACAGUGUCUGCAUUACCAGUAGUCCUUAAAUCCCAACAGUUAAGCCUUCAAUUUUGACAAGGGUGGAGAAGAGAACAGAUAGAGUAGAAAAUUAGCUCUAGUGUAAAUGUUAGGGUGUCGUUAACAGACUUAUUUCAUAAGUUACUCCCCUGUUUUUGUAAAUACUAUUGAGAUAAGAUUGAGUAUGAUGGGUACUGAACAUUGAAAGUCAUGAGGCACCUGAUGUGCCCUAAAUUUAUGAAAUUAUGUAAAUUUUGAGCUCUAUUAAAAAAUUCCUUAUCCAAAGAAGCUCUUUAUCUGACUACAUCAAAUUUUGGCCAUUUCGUUUCCCUGACCAGUCUCAGAGCAGUGUGUGUGAAUUUACAUCUGCAGCAGCAGGUGUUACUUAACGUUAUUGGAGCAGACACAUGACCUUUGCCCUCAUUGAGUGUCAUAGAGCUAUGUGUUCUUGGAGUCACUGUAAAAUAGACUUUUGUACCUCAGGCUAUAUUUCAUAGCCUCACCAGACAGCCUUUAAGAUCUAUAUUCCUGUUUAGGAGGAAAUUAAAAAGGGGAGGAUAAGAAAAGACAAGGCAAUCUUUUAAGAUGUCUGAAGCAUCUUUAAUUCUUCUGUAUAUUUAAAUUUUCUAUACCUGAAAUUUUAAACAUUAAACAAGCAUGAAAGGCAAUGCAUGAUUAGCACUCUUUAAACAACUAAUUAAAAGUUAUGCUCUAUAGAGAAACAGCGAAUUGGCGACUGCAUACUUUUUGUAUUGUUGUAUUAGGCUGGGCUAAAAUAAAGCUAUUGUGUAAAAGUUCUUAAAAAUAAAAAUAAAGUCAUGAAUAUUUCAUUGGCAUAUUUUGCUUAAGUAUGAGGGUUGCUGGGCAACUUGCUUUUUUACAUAAUGUAUACUGGGUUUUGUGCAUUGUAAAUUAAAAAUUGAAUACAAAAUA